UAGAAAAUAUUAAUUAACACCACAUACCACAACAUAACACAUAAACACUCAAACUCUCUUUCUCAUGGCAUCUUCUCAACAACGAUCAGUUCUAGAAGUGCAAAGUCCCAUGGCAAUGGGAGAUACAAGGGAAUUAAAUUCCCCGAGAUUCGGAGAUGAUGACGGUGUGUGUAUAACAUGGCAAGACCUGUGUGUUACAGUUUCUGAUAAGGAAGCUAAAAGUACCAAAAAUAUACUUCAUGAUGUCAGUGGUUAUGCCUGCCCUGGUGAGGUUUUAGCCAUUAUGGGUCCUUCCGGCUGUGGCAAGUCCACUCUCCUCGACGCCUUAGCUGGAAGAUUGGAUUUAAACACGAACCAAUGUGGACAAAUACUAAUUAAUGGCGCCGAGCAAGCACUUGCUUAUGGUACAUCGGCUUACGUGACACAAGACGAUAUAUUGAUAACAACCCUGACAGUCAAAGAAAUAGUGUACUACUCAAGCGAGCUCCAAUUACCCUCAUCUAUGUCGAAAUCCGAGAAGACAAAGAGGGCAGAUGAUUGCAUAAAGGAGAUGGGAUUGCAAGAUUCAGUUAACACUAGAGUAGGAGGAUGGGGUGUUAAAGGUUUGAGUGGUGGACAAAAGAGACGACUUAGUAUUUGCAUCGAAACAUUAACUCAUCCUAAGCUUCUAUUCCUUGAUGAGCCUACAAGCGGACUCGAUAGUGCAGCCUCAUACUAUGUGAUGAGUGGAAUUGCAGGCGCGGAAAGGGCAUACGGGCGGACAAUUAUUGCAUCCAUUCACCAGCCUAGUAGCCAGGUUUUUGAGCUAUUUGAUCAUCUGUGUCUUCUAUCUUCUGGUAAAACAGUGUAUUUUGGUCCUGCCGCGGAAGCAGUUGAGUUCUUUUCAGCAAAUGGUUUUCCAUGUCCAACUUUUCAAAACCCUUCGGAUCACUUUCUUCAGAUGAUAAACAAAGACUUUGAUGAGGACAUAGAGCAAGGUCUAUCCGCUAAGAUAUCAAAAGAAGAAAUCGUGAACAAAUUGGUGAACUCAUAUAAGUCAUCCGAGAGUUACCAACAAGUUCAAGAUCUAAUUUAUGGAAUAUGCAAAAUGAAAGGAGAAAGGUUAGUGGUAGGAAGAGAGCCUGCUAAUUUUUUUACUCAAUGCCAAGUUCUUACUAGAAGGUCGUUCGUGAACAUGCGCCGCGAUUGGGGUUACUAUUGGUUGCGCUUUGCUAUCUACAUCAUAUUAGGGAUCGGAAUAGGCACCCUCUUCUUUGAUAUAGGACAUAGUUAUGGCUCAAUUCAGGCUAGAGGGUCAUUGCUUAUGUUUGUUGCUUCAUACUUGACUUUCAUGACAAUUGGCGGAUUUCCUUCCUUUGUUGAGGAUAUGAAGGUAUUUAAAAGAGAGAGGCUAAAUGGGCAUUAUAGUACAACUUCCUUUGUGGUGGGCAAUACUCUAUCAUCCGUACCAUUCUUGCUUCUAGUAGCCCUUAUUCCUGGAGCAAUAACAUAUUUCUUACCAGGACUUCAAAAAAGUUACCAUAACUUUGUAUACUUCAUAUUAGUCCUUUUUGCUUGUAUGUUGUUGGUUGAAAGCCUAAUGAUGAUAGUUGCAAGUUUAGUCCCUAAUUUUCUAAUGGGAAUCAUCACUGGUUCUGGAGUUCAAGGCUUAAUGAUGUUAAGUGGUGGAUUUUUCCGGUUACCCGACGAUCUACCGGACAUUUUUUGGCGAUACCCUCUUUACUACAUCUCCUUUCAUAAGUAUGCAUUUCAAGGAUUGUUUAAGAAUGAAUUUAUAGGGUUGGAAUUCCCUAGUAGUGAAAAAAGGCAUUCACACAGUAUGAUUUCAGGAGUUAAAAUCCUUAAAAACACAUGGCAAGUUGAAGACAGUUAUUCUAAAUGGAUUGAUCUUGCUAUACUAGUUGGUAUGGUGAUUUUGUACCGUUUGUUGUUCUUAAUUAUUGUCAAGACUUCAGAAAAGAUCAGACCUGUGAUUAGAGACUUGACGAGAAGAUUACAAAAGCAAGUGGUUCAAGUUGACUAUUAGCAGGGAUUCGAUCUUAGGCGUACCUUGUAUUGAAGCAUAAUGUAUAACAUGACACUAUUAGAAACUAGAGCGGAUAAAUUUGAUUCGUAGUGAAUGAUGUUGUUAUUGGAGUACACUAGAUAAGAGUAUGGACUUGUAUGGUUACAAAUUUAGUUACAACAACCGAUGUAUUUAA